GCGAGCAUUGGAAAAAGAGAUUGGGAGCUGACCAACCGCGGCUGCCUAGCAGCUUCCCACCGUGUAACACUGAGCCAGGCCGGCUCGUCACUCCCACAAGGCGGCGCGCCAAUGUGUCAGUGCGUUACGUGUAGCGGCGAUGCCAGUCUCGCGUGAGGAGAGAUGUGGCGCUGGGAGUGUGUGUAGGACCGGAGCCUGCAGUAACAAGCUCUUCGGGAGAUAAACUUCACUUCUGCAUGACACCAAACAGAGGCAUUGUCUCCACAAAAGGGCUGGUUAGCCUUGUGCCAAUUGACUCCAUGAAAGAUGACAGAGGAAGUCAUUGUUAUUGCCAAGUGGGAUUAUACGGCACAACAGGACCAAGAACUUGAUAUUAGAAAAAAUGAACGCCUGUGGCUACUUGAUGACUCCAAAACCUGGUGGAGGGUAAGAAACACUGCCAACAAAACUGGAUACGUGCCAUCAAACUACGUGGAGAGGAAGAACAGCUUAAAAAAAGGAUCUCUUGUUAAAAAUUUAAAGGACACUCUGGGUCUUGGCAAAACAAAAAGCAAAAAAAAUAGCACUCGAGAUGCCUCACCCACACCAAGCACUGAUGCGGAAUAUCCAUCUAAUGGCAGCAAUACAGAUCGAAUCUAUGAUUUAAACAUUCCUGCAGUAGUCAAAUUUGCCUAUGUAGCAGAGAGAGAUGAUGAGCUGACACUCGUGAAAGGCACACGAGUGGUUGUUAUGGAAAAGUGCAGUGAUGGAUGGUGGCGUGGUGCGUACAAUGGACAUGUUGGCUGGUUUCCAUCUAACUAUGUAGUAGAAGAAGCUGAUGACACAACUCCAGAUUCCCCAAGUUUUCUAAGCUCAAGGAAAGGAGCUUCUAUGACCAAUGGGCAAAAUACAAAAGUGCUUCACAUUGUUCAGACAUUGUACCCAUUCAGCUCAGUAACUGAAGAGGAGCUGAACUUUGAGAAAGGUGAAACUAUGGAAGUAAUUGAAAAACCAGAGAAUGACCCUGAGUGGUGGAAAUGUAAAAACUCUAGUGGGCAAAUUGGACUUGUACCCAAAAACUACGUUGUUAUUUUAACUGAUGGCCCUUCUAUGAACAGUUCCCAUAUUACUCAGAUAAGCUACACAGGUCCUGCGUGCACCGGCCGGUUUGCCGGUAAAGCAUGGUAUUAUGGUGGUAUAACCCGACAUCAAGCGGAAUGUGCCCUGAAUGAAAGAGGAAUGGAGGGAGACUUUGUUAUUAGAGACAGUGAGUCUUCGCCCAGUGACUUUUCCAUAUCUUUGAAGGCAUCAGGAAAAAAUAAACACUUUAAAGUACAGCUGGUGGACAGUGUAUACUGCAUUGGACAGCGGCGAUUUAAGAACUUAGAUGAAUUGGUGGAACAUUAUAAAAAAGCCCCUAUCUUCACUAGUGAACACGGAGAAAAGUUGUACCUUGUUAAACCACUACAGUGACAACCCCGGAGACCAAGCUACCCCUACCGGGUUCUCCCAACUUCAAGCCUUAGUUCUGACAAAUAACUUCCAUGGAACAGAGCCAUCAUUCCAAAAGAAGCAAAUGAGCACUCUUAAAAUAAUGGCUCACCUUAUACCACAAAACACUCUUUGCAUUGUACUUUUAUUUUUCUGUUGUGUGUUUGUCCUUUCUGUUUGUGUGUCACAUUGCCCUCAGGUUAAACACCUCACUUAAGUGACCAUUGUAAGCACUCACUGUCAUGCCUUGGUUUAGACUCCUAUUCUGCAUAUGUUUACAGUAUAAUGCUGGUCCUGGCUAGCAAAUGAGUAGGGGUCAACUUGAACAGUGUUAAUGUACUUAAAUCCUUUUUUUUUAUAAUAUAAGAAUUCUUUAUUGGAAAUAGACACAGAUAAAAUGCACUGAAGCUGCAGCAAAUAAUUAUUGUAGACAUGCUGUAUCAGUUGUGGCUGUGAAUUCUGUAGCCUCAUUGCUUUACCAAGUAGUACAUUCAAAAAUGUCAUAGAUCCUAGGCACUCUUUACACUGUAUAGUACUCUGUGUCUGCAUUACCUCUUGACCACUUUGCAGAGUAUACUAUGUAAAGAUAUUGUAGCAGUAAUUCUUCAACUACUUUGGUACAAUUGAUUGUAGUAUAUAGUGUAUUUUGAUAUGUUAUUACUGCAAAAUAAUUACUGAAUGACUUUGAUUCCAAGUUUUGCAUAAAAGUUAACCAAAUGUGCCAUCCACAUGUUAUUGUUUUUUUUCUUGCCCUUCUGCUCGUUGAAAUUGAACAGUUAUGUAUUUAAUUAUGAAAGUAAUAUGUAUGUAUGUAUGUACGUAUGUGUAGCUGAUUGUCUAGGAUAAUACAAAAUAAAAAAAAAAUGUUCGUUUUUUU